AUGUUUGCUCUUCCAAGUAAGGGUACACUUAUGAACUUCCUUAAUAAAAUUCCUUUCAAAACAGGAAUUGAUAAAAUCAUUUUUGAUGUUUUGGAACCAUCCGUUAGGAAGAUGAAAGUUCAUGAGAGAUUUUGUGCUGUUUUGUUUGAUGAAAUGUCUCUGAGUAUAAACACACAAUACGAUUCAAAAGAGGACUGCAUUGAGGGAAUACACGAUGAUGGGAUGUUAAGAAAACCAUUAUUAGCAGACUAUGCAAAUGAAGUUUUUAUCAAGGGGAUAUUCCGCAGAUGGAAGCAGCCCAUAGCCUAUACAUUUUCAAGUGGAGCAAGUAAAGGAUUGGAACUCAAAAAAAUCAUCAUAAAUGUUAUUAGGGAGUGUCGCAGAAUUGGAUUGAGAGUAAUUUGUUCUAUUUGCGAUCAAGGUCAGAACAAUCAAGCAGCUAUAAACUCUCUUCUUAAAGACACUGCGGAUGAAUGUAAGAGGCAUAAUGUGAAUAAUUGCCACCAUGGCUAUUUAAUUGAUGGUGAAGAAAUUGUUCACAUUUAUGAUAUACCACAUGUAUUUAAAGGGAUUCGAAAUAAUCUUUUGACAAAAGACUUGUGUUUUGAAAUUAAUAGUCAAAAGAAGGUGGCCAAGUUUCAACACAUUAUUGAAUUUUAUUACCUCGACAUGGAAGAAGAAAACAGAAUAUGUCCCACUUCGACCGCAGGUCAUGUUCUUCCUGAGAAGAUGAACAAAAUGAAGGUGUCCCAUUGCACACAAGUAUUCAGUAACAAAGUCGGUUGUUUGAUGGAUCGAAUUGCUAAGUGGGAUAUAAAAGGUGCACAGAAUUUACCGACAGAGGCAUGUGAUACUGCUGAACUAAUCCUUCUGUUGGAUAAAUUAUUUGACAGCUGUAACUCGCACUGCAAAUUAGCGCCUUCCAGUAAAAGAGUACUGGUUAGAACAAUUAUAAGUUCUGAAAUCUAUGAGAAGAGGAAAAACAAGAGCUUCGAGCAAAGUGGAGGCAAGCCAAUGCUAAAAGAGCUGAAAGAAAAAAAAAAGGAAAACUCUACAACAAAACAAAAUAACACAUUAGAAGUAAGAAAAAAUGCUAAAAAUAAUACAACAAUCCUAAAGGAGAGACUACAAAAGCUCACUGAAGAAAAUACUCAAUUAAAACGACGAAAUAAGAAUUUAAGACAGGCCUGUAAUCGAAAGAAAAAGCGAGUGGAAAUUCUGAAAAAACGUUUACCCAAACAAAUUAGGCCUGAUAAUGAUGCUAUUUCCAUUGAAACUCGACAGUGUGACGACACACCAUUAACAAAAUCGAAUAGUUUUUUAGAAGAAACUUUACCAAAUGUGUCCAUGACGGAAAAAGAAAAGGCAAUAUCGUUGAAGAAGCUAGGUUUGCUUCAAACAUCUGACAUUGACGAGCUUAUGAAAAAUGUCACUUGCAGCAAAUGUUUUAAAUGCAUGUACUCUGAGUGUUCUGGAUGCAAAAAUAAGAAACUAGCUGUUGAUUUGACAAUAAAUGAAGACAGCCCCGUGGAGUGGCUUCAAUGGAAAAUGGGCACACACACUUAUAUUAAAAUUGACAAAAAGAAGUGCGUAGAAAAACAGACGAAAAAGUAUUCAAAACAGAAUAUAAAAGAAUACGUAUUUGAAUAUGCAAUAUGGAAUUUUUUUGAAGCCUCUCACGGCAAAGGGCCAGCUGACGGGGUUGGUGGGACAUUAAAGCGCCAACUUGACAAUCAUAUAUCACAUGGCAAUGACAUAACCAACGCAAAAGCAGCAUAUGACUAUUUAAUGGUUAACAGUAAAGUAAAAAUGUUUUAUAUAAAUGAAAACGACAUUGAGAAGAUGACCAAAAAUAUCCCUGAAAAUAUUCCUAUAAAAGGAACAAUGAAGCUGCAUCAAAUUGUAACGGAUGGCAACACGACAAUUAAAUAUAAAUUGCUGAGCUGCUUUGAUUGUAAUAAAAACAUCUGCUGUGAUUGUUACUACACUAAAGAACAUGAACUUCUAUCCAACACCCUAUCAGAACCAAAAGCAUCAUGUAGUAACAAUAGACAAUCCUUGAAAAAACAAAAACCAGCAGCAAAAAGAUUCAAAAGAAUAAAUAGUUCUACUACGACGGAGAGUGAUGUCAGUAUAAAUUGUCAUAGUGAAUCAGAUCUGAUAGAUGCGGAUUUUUCGAAUGAGGACAAUAAUUUACCCAUUAUAGAUGACAGAGAGAGUGAUCGAGACUUAGAGGUGAAUGGCAAUUUGAGAGCAAAUAUUAAAGAGAUUUAUGAUUUUUGA